GGGCCGGUCGUGACUCUCCAGAGUGUCUUCAUAGUCUUUGGGAGGUGACACGUUAGGAUAGCUUCUUGUUCUAGAGUAUAUGGUUGUCUCAAAAAAGCAUAUUUAUGAGGCACUUAGUCAGCGCUGCAAACUAUAUGGCUCUCCAUAAAGUUGUGGGUGACAUUCCGACGCAAGAGUCUACUUUUUGGUAAAUGAAUGAACCACAUUAGUUAUUCGUCACCUUCUUAGCUCCCCCCGUUUGGGUUUGUGGAUUUUUACAUGUGCUGUGACUGUUCCUGAUGUACAGAGGCUGGUAGAUAGAAAGCAAAAUCAUCGCUUAAAGCGUGAGUAUGAAACUGUUACCGUUUCUCGUAUGGGUGUCAUUUCAUACCAGUGGCGUCGCAGAUCACAGUGUUAAAGCAUUCGCGAUUCAAACUCUACUUACAAAGUAAGGUUACUUGGGUUGUUGUUAAAUUAUUUGGGAGGAUGCGGUUGCUAGCACGAUUAAAACCUUCUCUGGCUGUUUGGCGUGAGCGGCGACCGAGGGGCCGUUCUGGGACGUAGCCGUUUUGAAAUCGAUCUUGUGGACAAGUAGAUUGUAUGGGCCCAGAGAUUGUGGACCUCGCUGAUGUGCCGGUAUCACACGAUGCCCCGAUUUUUACGACAGUUAGACGGUUUCUGGGACCGUUUCGCAUUCCCGCAACUUUCCCUUAACCCAUAGAAUUGCAAGGAGUCAUUCAUUCUGUGCAAGCAGCUCGAUGAUGAUUUUCUGUGCGUUGGCAAAAAGCAUCCGAUGUUAACUGUUGGCAGUUAAAUGGGAAGAUUAAAAUGUCAAAACCUGCCGCAUUAAAACUGCCAUGUAUGUCCUUAAAUACCACGAACCUUAACUCUCACGUGAUAAUGUUUUAAUUUGAUGAAGACUGCCCUUUUCCCCUGGUGUAUUCUGGAGAAUAAUUAAAGGCGAUGAAGGCAAGGUUGAAUGAAAUAUGGGGAAAGUUUGCAAUAAAGUAGGAUGUGUGCCAGAGUUCAUAUGUUUGCGACAGCUCUUUUACAAAAGGUGAUUCAGUGGUACUGCUGUCAUCACGUGAUGCAGGAAUGGUUGCUCUGCCUGUGUGCUGGGCCACAGUUCAUGCCUGCUUUCUCACACAGACAUGUGUGCAGUUUGCCCCUUGCUAGGUUCAUGGUGUUGGUACAUCAGAGAGUGUCUCACAGGACCAGCUGUUUUUAUAGCUACAGCUGGUGUCGGCUGCAGUGCAGGCUUGAUGGAACGAUAUCAUUUAAAGAUUUAUUUAACAUUAAUAAAAGUCAUUGUGAGGAACCUGUGUUCCAUUUUUAUUCCUUGUGUUUAAAUUGCCAAUAUUAAGGUGUGAAAUGAAGAAUCCUCAGCACUAAUGACUAGGCUCAACUGUGCUGCUUUUCUUCUCACUCUGUAGCUCCACAAGCAGACUUGAGUGAACAUACCUCAGCUUGUUGCCCCCCAACCACUUGCUCUCCCCCCCCCAAACCCCAUUUCUAAUCCCUCUAUUGUCCUCAGUCCUGUUUUCUUCUGGUGAGUCUUGCAUGCAGAGCAAUGUUCAUUCUGAUGAUGAUGAACUACAAACUAUUUGUUUAGUAAUAAAACUUGGACUAACUCCACCAUAAAUGUCUUGCAUAUUUCAUGUUUUGCAUUUUACUGAGUAUGGAAGUUUCUGUGACUGAGUAACCUAGUUAGUGAGGGACAAGUAACCAUUUCGCACUCGUACCACAGAUUACAUCACAUGAAGGGAUACAUAAGGCAUACAGAACAGCAUCAGGUGGUGCUUUGUCAUCCAUGUGAGGCCAGAAAAUAAUAUCUAAACUUAUGGAUGUGUUAAUGUGGUUCUCCUCCUGCAGUACCUUUAGACUGAUUGUGCGAGUUGUAUGCUUGCUAUAAUUAAAGUAAAUCUAAUUUAUCAUUCACCUCCCUUUUUAAGCAGUCUACCUGCUGUUUUGUAGAUGCCUAAUUUUUGCAGUGCAGUCUAGGCUGUAUCCACAAAAAUUGAAACAAGGUAAUUACUGUUAAUUAACAUCCAUUAGGUGUAAUUGUAUCGUUAAACAACAUUAUGAAGUAAUGGCAAAGGCAAAAUUAGUCAUAAGUAAUAAAUGAACCCUGCUGCUUAAGGUUUAAAUGCUUGUCUAUGGUGUUUUUCGUGUACUUUCUAACCUCUUGUUAACAUUUGUUCUAGAAAACCCGAUCUGUCAAAAUUUGUAUUUAUUUAUUUUUUGGUUGGCUGUAAGGGCCAGGUGAUAUGAAAUCAGAUGCUGGAUAUAGUAAAAUGCAAGAAUGCAUUUUUUUUUCUUUGCUCAUAUGGGGGGUGUGUAUAGACCUAUUACGUCAGUCUUUGAGUGUGGGUAUGUCCAAUUCAGCCCGGACUGCCGGAAUAGGGAAAUUCACAUUCACAGUGGUCAGUUAACAAUGGCUGACAAGUAUGAUGCAGGUAUUUGGCUCUGGAUUGGGGAGGGUCCCUACUUUCUGUCUGUAGAGUUUGUGGUUUAUAUUAUUGUGAAUAAUUAGUGUUGUGUGCCAAAUAUAUAGAUUCUCAGAAACGUGCCUCUUUUUCCUUCUGUGACAUCUCAGUCUUAAAUGUAUCGAGCACAUAAAUGUAUCUGCUAUUUAACUUGGUAGUUAACGGCUGUCUGCUCUACAGGAUCGGUGAAUACUAGGAAGAAGUCAGCAGACUGGUAAUAUUAAUAGUUAACUACUGUUCCUUUGCUGUGCAGGCUAAGGUAAUAUGUCAGGAGUCAGAGAACUUGAAGCACAAUUCAGUGUUUUCCAGUGCUGUGCUCACUGCCUGAAAUUUAUCAUUCCUUUGAUGCUAGAGAGCUGACAACCUAAUGCUAACAACGAUGCUGGUUAAGAGAAGUCUGGAAAUGUUUGGCUAGCAAAUUUAUAAUGUCCGAGUGAAACAGCUGGGUUAUUGCUUUUUUUGUUUACGGUCUGUGUUGGUCUUCAAGUCAAAUAGACGUCAGAUUUUUCAGUUCUCAUCCAUGUGUUUUGCAUUGUAUUCCCCUCCCUGUGGCAAGUCAAAUGAGUUAAGCCCCACCCCAAGCAGUGGAUACUCUCUUCCUGGUCGUACGUUGCCGCUUUUGUAAAGCUGAAUCACACAACUUUAAAACAGUUGAGACAAGACAAUUUGGAAAUGAGUUUUCUGGAUGCGGGAAUUGAGUUUGCAUUUUCUUUUGACCAGUUGUAUGGCCAUUUACAGAGCAUGCCAGCUCCGAUCAGACUUCGGGAGCUCAUCCGGACUAUCCGGACUGCGCGGACCCAGGCAGAGGAACGGGAAAUGAUCCAGAAAGAAUGUGCUGCUAUUAGGUCGUCCUUCAGAGAGGAGGAUCAUACAUACCGCUGUAGGAAUGUCGCUAAGCUACUCUACAUGCACAUGCUGGGCUACCCGGCACACUUUGGGCAGUUGGAGUGCCUGAAAUUGAUUGCGUCUCAGAAGUUCACCGACAAGCGAAUAGGGUACCUGGGAGCUAUGUUACUGCUGGAUGAGAGACAAGAUGUCCAUCUACUGAUGACGAAUUGCAUAAAGAAUGACCUGAACCACAGCACACAGUACGUGCAGGGUCUGGCCUUAUGCACACUGGGCUGCAUGGGCUCGGCCGAGAUGUGCCGCGACCUUGCAGGGGAAGUGGAGAAGCUCCUCAAAACGUCAAACUCCUACCUGAGGAAAAAGGCAGCGUUGUGUGCUGUUCAUGUCAUCAGGAAGGUACCAGAGCUGAUGGAGAUGUUCCUGCCCGCCACUAAGAAUCUGCUGAGUGAGAAAAAUCACGGUGUUCUCCACACAUCGGUCGUCCUGCUCACGGAGAUGUGCGAGCGCAGCCCCGACAUGCUCGCUCACUUUCGCAAGCUCGUUCCACAGCUAGUCCGGAUCCUAAAGAACCUCAUCAUGUCGGGGUACUCGCCAGAACAUGACGUGUCGGGCAUCAGUGACCCAUUCCUGCAGGUACGGAUAUUGCGGCUGCUGAGGAUUCUGGGCAGGAACGACGACGACUCCAGCGAAGCUAUGAACGACAUCCUCGCCCAAGUGGCAACCAACACAGAGACAAGUAAAAAUGUAGGAAACGCCAUACUUUACGAAACGGUUCUGACAAUAAUGGACAUCAAGUCUGAAAGUGGGCUGAGGGUUUUAGCGAUUAACAUAUUGGGCCGAUUCUUACUGAACAACGACAAAAAUAUAAGGUAUGUGGCAUUAACAUCUCUGCUGAAGACUGUGCAGACAGACCACAAUGCAGUACAGAGGCAUCGGAGCACCAUUGUGGACUGUUUGAAAGACCUGGAUGUGUCUAUUAAGAGGCGCGCAAUGGAGCUUAGCUUUGCUCUGGUGAAUGGGAACAACAUCCGCGGCAUGAUGAAAGAGUUGCUCCAUUUUCUGGACUCCUGCGACCCAGAAUUCAAAGCGGACUGCGCGUCUGGUAUCUUCCUCGCCGCUGAGAAGUACGCACCUUCGAAGCGGUGGCACAUCGACACGAUCAUGAGGGUACUGACAACGGCGGGGAGCUACGUUCGGGACGAUUGUGUCCCCAACCUCAUCCAGCUGAUCACAAACAGCGUGGAGAUGCAUUCCUACACAGUCCAGAGGCUCUACAAGGCGCUACUGGAUGACAUCUCACAGCAACCUCUAGUGCAGGUGUCUUCCUGGUGUAUAGGAGAGUAUGGAGAUCUACUGGUGUCAGGCCAGUGUGAGGAGGAGGAACCUAUACAGGUAACAGAAGACGAGGUCCUUGAUGUUUUGGAAGGUCUUCUGGCUUCUAACCUGUCUUCCCCAGUGACCCGAGGCUAUGCCCUUACAGCAGUGAUGAAGCUGUCGACUCGUUUCAGCAGCGUGAAUCGGAUAAAGAAGGUGGUGUCUGUCUACGGCAGCAGCAUAGAUGUGGAGCUACAGCAGAGGGCGGUGGAGUACAACGCUCUCUUCAAGAAGUAUGAUCACAUGAGGUCUGCCCUACUUGAACGAAUGCCGAUAAUGGAGAAGACCGCCACCAAUGGACCAACGGAGAUGGUGCAGACCAACGGGGAGGCGGAGCCAUCGGGACUGGAGUCCAAGCACCUGCCCAGCAUCACGCAGCCCGCCAGCCAGGCUAAUGAUUUGCUGGACCUCCUUGGAGGGAAUGACGUGAUACCUGUGAUCCAGACGACCCCGGCAACGAAGCCGGCAUCCGCAGGGGGCGAGCUGCUCGACCUGCUGGGGGAUCUCUCUCUGUCCGGUGGCCCUGCCCCUCAAGUUCCUGUGUCUCAGCCUCCCUUCCUGCUCGACGGCCUCUCAUCACAGCCACUUUUCAACGAUGUUGCUACAGGUAUCCCGCCAAUGACGGCAUAUAACAGGAAUGGCUUGAAAAUAGAGUUCACAUUUGAGAGGUCCAACACAAAUCCAAAUAUAGCCAUCAUAACCAUCCAUGCGUCCAACCACACCGAGACAGAGAUGACGAACUUUGUGUUCCAGGCUGCGGUACCAAAGACGUUCCAGCUUCAGCUCCUCUCACCCAGCAGUAACGUCAUCCCCGCCCUUAACCAGGGUGCAGUCACACAGGUCAUCAAGGUGCUCAACCCCCAGAAGCAACAGCUGCGAAUGAGGAUCAAGCUGACGUACACCCACAAAGGAUGUCCGGUUCAGGACCUAGCUGAGGUCAACAAUUUUCCCCCUCAGUCCUGGCAGUGAUGGCAAUCUCACCUCACUCUUUGAAGACCCAUCUAGGGAACCGAGGGGGUGGGGAGGGCCUGGAUGUGCCAUCCACUGGUGACACGGAAGGCAGCUGCCCUGGGGUCGCAAGGGGAAAUCGACUCACUGACAAGAAUCAACGACAACGACGUUGGUGACGGCAAAGGUGGCGAGGAGACAACAGCAAGCAGAUACCAUCGUGUCCAUUUCUAGACUUUCUAACUUGUGGUUCCAACCUUGGUCUUUCAAAGUCAUGGCUUGCUAUAGGCACUGAUCACUUACCUUAUACUGUUCAGGCACCCUCCAAACCCCAUCAUUUUGGAUACAUCAGCCUCCCCCCCCCAGUCAUUUACAGGUGUGGGUGUGGGGUCUCACCUUCCUGGGCCAUUGCCGUAAGGAGCUGCUGUCAUUGUUUGUGUGUGGGUGUGUCUGUGUGCGUAUUUCUUGGUUUUUAACUUAAUCUAGAUGAAAGUGGUUGGGAAGAUCAGAAUGAUUUUGUGAAUCGUUGAUGGUUUUUUUCUUUGGGGUCGAAGACUAUGACGUAUGCACUUUAUCACACCAUCUAUUCACCAUGCAGAGCUGGUCGCUGUUCCAGGUCUUGUUGGGUAAUCACUAUUUUCGAUGGCUUUGGUAUUUUUAUUUUUCACUGUAUUUCAGUUGGUUAUGUUUGAAAAUGCAGGAACAAUGUUCUGUUGAGCCUGCUAGCUUGUUGCUCCAAGUACAAACUUCAAGGUCCUGGUAAGCAUAUGCUUUAUAUGAAGCAUUUUAGUUCCACUGGGUUGAAAAAUGAAUUGCAGUUUUUCAAAAAGGCCAUUUGAUUUAAGGAGUUUGUGGGAAUCUGGACUUAAUUUUUUGCACUGUAGCACUGACGUCUUUCAGCUUUAUUUGCUGAGUUAUUAACCAGAAGGACGUGAAGCUCAUUUGAAUCAUGUCAGAUUAUGCAGGGUGUAAUAAGGAUGGAAAGCUUUUGAAUGCUCACAUUCAACAUUAAAGGGAAAUCAGAGUGUUUGACCCCUGUGACCGUGGGCUGGGGGACACAGUCAGAGGAAUAAAAAUAUUUUUUGAGCUUUGAGUGUUGCUGGUAUUUGAUGGAUAUGCUAACUGUUCAUUUCUUGGGUCAGGAUAAGGGAGCGACUUCACUGGUGACAUACAAGAUUUUAACAUUUUUUUUUUUCUUUCACCGUUUAAACUUCAUAAGAUCAUUUUAAACAUUUUGCAAAGCAGUUCUUUCUGACAAAGCAAUACUCUCCCAUUUCAAUUUUAUAAUGAAAUGGACAAGAUUCACUGGUUUGGGUUAUUGUUGAACCAUUUUAGGAAUAUCCAGCGAUGUUUGGCACCCAUUGCUCUUAUUUGUUUUAUUUUUUUCUCUUCCAAAUAUUCUGUUCCACGUUUCAAGGCUUGAUGACUUGAACAAAAACAAUCAGGCUUCUUCAUUGUUGGCUGUGUAGUUAAUGCUUUGCUCAUCUGUAUUCUAGUCGUGAGCACGCUGGCGGUCCUCAGUCCAAGACUGAGUGACACUGGGCAGUUGGACGUGAAUUUCUUGGUUGGCUAUAGGUGAGCACUGUUGAAGCUUUGCAGAAUAUGUUCCCUUCAGCAGGGGCCCCGUUUUUAUAUAGACUUCAUGAUGUCCAUUUUGUGUUCCUUGUCCUCCUCCCUCCAAAUGCCAUCAGAACAACCACUGAAUUGCUAAAAAUUUUGCAGUUUUAAGAAAUGUAAUAAACUUGAAAUGGAACAAAACAAACGCAUACAGGUAUAUCGCACUGCAUUUCUCGCACUGCAUUAAUCUCUCUAGAUUAGCAUACUCCUUGAAUGUAGUGCUGUGCACCAUUGAAAAUGAUUUCUCUUGGUCUUUCAAAGCCAUCAUCUCGACCAUAUAAAAAUGGGUUCCCCCCUCCCCAUCUCCACUCGCUUUCUCCUGCUCGACAGACGUGAAUUGACAUCUAACAAUGUUGUUGCACAGUGGUGAUAAUUGACGUCUUGCAAAACUGCCUGAUAUGACAAAAAUGUGCCUUUCCCUUUAGCUAGAGAAGCCAGGAUUUGCCUGUUUAGGUGCCGGUCAUUGGGCUCUGAUUCCGGUUAAAUCAUGACCAUUCAGUGACGUUGCAAAAGGAGGCAGGGAAGAAUUAAAAAAAAAAAAUUAAAAAAACAAAACAAAAAGGUUAGACAUUACGGCCUUAGUGCAACUCUGAAUAGGUGUCGUGGUAUCACAUGCCAGGUGCCAUGCGUUUGGCUCGUCUGCUGAGAAUGGGGGGGGCGCUUGUCACCAGAAUAAAUACCUCAUUGUGUUUCCUCUGUUCUGUACACUCUCUUACACGGUCUGGACUAUGAGCAUUGGAACAUGUCACCUGCAUGACCACGUCCAUCAGCACACAUUAGGGUGUCGAGUGCACCGAGAGGUUUUGUGAUGAUGUAAAUGCAGAACCACCCACGUUUGAACUGGUUCUGUCGGAUGGAAAGAUACUAUGCUUUUUACAUGCAUUCUUCUCGACUGUCUUUUCUUUUGUGACCAAAUCAGAUGUUUUUGCUAAUUGAAUCUUUGCGAGCAGUGUGAUAUGUAUAUGGAGGUAAAUAUGACUGAUUUUUUUUUUUUUUUUGACUGACUAAAUGCAAUCUUGGCUUAUCUGUAUAUAUUGUGGGCUUUUUAGAUCAAUUCUUCACAUCCAUUUUUAAACCAACUGAUUUCUGAUUUUGUUGAGUAACAAGUGUAUUGUCUGAAAUGGAUCUUAGCAUCAUAUUAGCCUAAGUUAAUGGCUCUCCUUGUUUCCUUGUAUAUUAAAAAGAAAUAGUAUCUGCUGCCUGUGUAUUGUAUAUAAUUGUAAAAGAAAUUAAAUUAAAAAAAAAAAGUGAAAUAUUAAAU